AUGCAAAACCAACAAGUUCAACAACAACAACAAGCCACUCAAAGAGCAAAUGGCUAUCAAAGAAUGUUCAAACGUCUUCUCCAAAGUCGUUCACUUCAACAAAAACCAAUGAUUCCAGAAAGAAUUGUUGCCUCCUACAAAGUAUACGGAUGGUUGAUCCAACAUGAUCCAGCCUACGAAUCGACUGCCUUCAGAAGAGAAGUUCUCAUUGCAAUCGACGAAAUCUUUGAUAUUGUUUUGGCAAUCUUGGAUAUGAUGAAGUGCUCAUCUAAUCUUUUGAUUCCAAUCAUCAUCUACGCCGACAAGUUUGUACAUAGAAGUGGUAUUAAACAUAACCAACUUUUCAAUUUACUCUUAACAAGCUCCGUUGUAACAUUGAAAUUCUGGUCGGAAUCUACUCAAGUCAACAAUGCUAUCAUUGCUGAAAUCUUCAACUUCUCCUUGAAGGAUAUGAAUCUCAUGGAGAGAAGAUUCCUCACUGGUGUUGACUACAACCUCUUCUUGACUACCGACGAAGUUACUUCCUACCUUCUCAGCCUCUAUGAAAAUCAACAAAUCUUUUUAUCCUCAUUCAAACACCCAUUUGAAAACCCACCACAACUCGUUAGAAAGCCAUUCGAGCUCAUCCAAUACCAACAACAACAAGACAAGUUGUUCCUCUUGCAACAACAACAACUCCAACAGCAACUCCACCAACAACAACUCCAAUAUUAUCAAUCCUCAAAAUCCAGACAACAAGUCUAUACCAUCGACUCUUCCUACGCUGCCCAACAACAACUUUACCAAUCGAACCAGAUGGUAUCGCCAAUGUGUUAA